AUGAACCUUGCAGUGGGAUUCAAACCAAUGCUUGGAGGCGCGCAGACAAUGGACAGUUUGGAGAAACAACUAAUUUGUCCUAUUUGUCUGGAAAUGUUCACAAAGCCAGUUGUGAUUUUACCAUGUCAACAUAACUUGUGUAGAAAAUGUGCCAAUGAUGUUUUCCAGGCUUCCAAUCCAUUCUGGCAGUCGAGAGGCUCCACAACAGUGCCUUCAGGGGGUCGCUUUCGCUGUCCUUCCUGCCGACAUGAGGUAGUACUGGAUCGCCAUGGAGUUUAUGGCCUGCAGAGAAAUCUCCUGGUGGAAAAUAUCAUUGACAUCUACAAGCAAGAAUCAUCCAGGCCACUGCAUACCAAAUCUGACCAGCAGUUAAUGUGUGAAGAGCAUGAAGAGGAAAAGAUUAAUAUUUACUGCCUGACUUGUGAGGCUCCAACUUGCUCAAUGUGCAAAGUCUUUGGUGCUCACAAAGAUUGUGAAGUGGCACCUCUCCAAAAUGUCUACAAACGUCAAAAGACUGAGCUCAGUGACGGUAUUGCAAUGCUGGUGGCAGGAAAUGACAGAAUCCAGGCAAUCAUUACUCAGCUGGAAGAGAUAUGUAAAACGAUUGAGGAUAACAGCAGAAGACAAAAGCAACUCCUUUGUGAAAAAUUUGAUUUUCUGUACGCCAUUCUAGAAGAGAGGAAAAAAGAAAUGCUUCAAUGUAUUACGCGUGAACAGGAGGAGAAAGUACAGUAUGUGCGAUCUCUGAUGAGACAACAUGGGGAUCAUUUGGAGGGAGCCAGCAAACUUGUGGAAACAGCUCUGCAGUUUACAGAGGAACCUCAGAUGGCAGUGUUCCUGCAGAAUACAAAGCAGCUGAUUAAAAAAGUUAUUGAUACCUCAAAAGCAGCUCAGUUGGAGAGAACGGAACCUGGAUACGAAAACAUGGAUCAUUUUGUGGUCAAUCUUGGAAGAGCUGAACAGGUGCUACAAAGGAUAAAUUUCCAAACAGAUUACCAGGGAGAAGAUGAGGAAGAAGUAGAGGAAGAAGAGAUAGAGGAAGGUGGAGGAGCUGAAGAGGAUGGAGAAACAACUGAUGGUGAUGAAUUACCAACUCCACUGCAUUCUACUGGAACAAACCUAACAUUUUGA